AUGACAUCUUUACCAUCACAAACGCCUCAUCCACCAGUACUCCACUCUUUACCUGGAUCAAGCGAUCUAAUUGAAGCAGUGGCUAAGUUUGUCGUCAAGGCACAAAAUGAAGCCAUCGAUAAGAGAGACAAGUUCACUAUCGCAUUGUCUGGUGGCUCAAUGCCAAAGAAUCUUACAGGAUUGCUUAAUAGAAAUGAUGUCAAGUGGGACAAGUGGGAAGUAUUCCUCGCAGAUGAGCGUGUGGUGCCUUUAGAUCACCCAGAAUCUAACUUUAAGGCAAUCUACGACGAGUUGUUCUCAAAGACACCAGUAAACAUCUCUCAAAUCCACGCUUUAAACCCAGAUCACGAUGCUAUCAAGAAAUUUUUCCCAGAUAGCUCACCCUCUGCUAAAGAGAUUGAUGAAUCCGAGGAUUUACAGGACAUGUUAGAAGAUGUUGCAGACGAAUACGAAAAGAAACUCGUAAACGCAUUUGCUGCACGUGAAGCUGCACGUUUCCCUACAUUCGAUUUGAUCUUAUUAGGUAUGGGACCAGAUGGACACACAGGAUCAUUAUUCCCAGGCCACCCAGUUUCUAAGGAGUCUGAGCGUUGGAUUGCAUACGUCUAUGACUCACCAAAGCCACCACCAGUGAGAAUAACUUUGACUUUCCCAGUUAUAAAUCAUGCAUAUCGCGUCGCUUUCAUCGCUGCUGGUGAAGGUAAGCAGGACACUUUACAUCAAAUUCUCGAUAGCCCUUCAGGAGACCUCCCUUGCGCAAAGGUUAGACCAGCACCACCAGGAAAGGUUUACUGGUUCGUUGACGACGCUGCAUCUGGCAAAACUCAAUACCAAAAGACGCCUUUCCAACUUUAA